UGAUUUUGUUUAUUUUCUUCCCAAGAAAAGGGAAAAAGAAAUGAUUUUCUACACAGUCCAUAGCUGUCGAGACAGACGCUCCUUCGUUUUAUAAUUCCCUUCUCCAUCGUUUCUCGCUCCACAGCUUCCUUCUUCGAUGUAGUCGUAAGAAGCUGGAAAUUCUUUUCAGUGAAUAGGUCUUUUCUGAGAGCCGAUUUUUCUAUUUAUAAUGCCCUGUUCUGCAUUGCGAACUCGGAUUCGAUCGUGGCUUCGGGAUUACGUCAAGAUACAAGCCGUUGCUGUUAUUCUCAUAUACAUUCAAAUCGCUUGUGCAUUGGUGGGAUCUCUUGGAGCAUUGUACAACGGUGUCUUGCUGAUCAAUUUGGCGAUAGCAUUGUUUGCUCUCGUUGCAAUAGAGAGUAGCAGUGAGAGCCUUGCUCGGACAUACGCCAUUCUUCUUUGUUGUGCUAUCAUCCUUGAUAUCUUUUGGUUCAUCCUUUUCACUCACGAGAUAUGGAACAUUUCUUCUAAGAAGUAUGGAGGAUUUUUUAUCUUUUCAGUGAGGCUUACUCUAUCAAUGCAAAUUAUUGGGUUUUGUGUGAGGUUGGCUUCUUCAUCAUUGUGGAUUCAGAUGUACAGAUUGGGUAUUUCAUCUGAAGAAAGUGCAUUCUCUCAAGAAGCAGAUUAUGAUUUAAGAAAUAGUUUUUUGAGCCCCCCAGCUAUAGUUUGUCAGAGCUCUGAUUCUGAUGGUAUUUUAGGAGGCUCCAUUUAUGACCCUGCUUAUUAUUCAUCUCUCUUUGAAGAUGCUCAAGAAAAUGGAUAUCAGGGCCUCAAGCUUGGUAUUGGUGCUGAUGGCGGUUCUUCAUCAGCUGCUGAAGCUCCACAGCUGAAGUCAUGUAUCAGUAGAUCCUUCCAGGUUACUGAUGAUGAGAGUGCGGUAAACAAGGCCCCACAUUUCUGAUUUGGAGUAAAUUGGCCGGUGAGCUUUCUGUUUGGCAUCCAUUCCCCGAUUUAUCACUGCCACCCCCCAACCAUAUUGGGCGAGAUAAUGUACAGAAGUGGGCUUUGUACAGUCACCCAAUUUUAGCCAUUCUUUUUCCAUGUUGAAAAGCAUUGAUCUACAAGUCCAAAUAUGAUAGAGAGAUUAGGGAACCACCGCUUCUGUUUAUUCUGGAAGAACUAUGCUAAUACCGAAGGUUUAUGCGUAAUGAUGGUAGAUUGUUUCACUCUUUUAAUAAAAUGGGCCUCACAUGCAGCAGCUUAACUUCACAUUGUUUGGAGCAUUUCUCUCUGAACAAGCUUCAUCUUCUGGCCUCAAAAUAUGUUAAUAUUAUAUUGGAAUGAACUGCAUUCACAAACCUCGGAAGCUCCUGUAUGGCACACCUGACUGAGCAUAUCACAUCUCAGAUCUGUAUGGACGUUCAAAAAGAGAGGGAGAGACAGAGAGGUUCAUCAGGUCAUUUAAAUUGUUGACACCCGCUUAUGAUUUCAUUUUCGGUCCACGUAGAACGUCAGAAUAAGAAAUUAGUUUCUCCCCGAAUAAAAAAUCAUUGUAAUGCUAAAUCAGUUCAGUGAUCAGAACGAAUUAUUUCUUUUUCUUUUUUAUUGAUAGCAGAGAAUGAGACGUCGAUUCCUAUGUUGUGUUUACCUGCUCCAAUUCCAAUCAAGGAGACACGUUAUUUUUAGUCCUGUU